UACGCAAGCGCUCUACUCCGCCAAUGUGACGCGCUUCGCCUGAUUUGUUGUUUUUGUUUACUUUCUUUCUUUUUUUCUAUUAUUUCAGUCUCUUUUGUUCUCGUUUUGUGAAGCAUCGAAGACAUGGAUGUGUGACUCUUAAUGCGCAGGAGUGCAAACUCGAUUGAUAGUGCCUUUGCUUUGGUUCUUCUCCGUGACAUUUGUUAUUCUUUCAUAAUAAUUAGUGGUUUAAUUAUUCUUGCACUGCUCGGCCAUGCAGCAGAUUUGAUCAAUGGUAAGGAUUGCCGACAUUGGUUCCACGCCAUCAAAUUCGAAAUGGAGAACCGCGGCUACGAGGAUGAGCCGAACAAGUCCUCACGUCACUCCCGCCACAUUCACCAACAGCAUCAGCAGCAAUUAUUGCAUCCUCAACACUUGCAAUUGCAUCAACAACAGCAACAACGGCCUUUGUCGUUCAUCGGGAGCAACAUGCACAAUCACUACCCGAACCUCCAAGACUUGCAUUAUACGCCGACGGCACCGACUGCAUCCGUUCAUCAACCACAACACCAACAACAACAACAAAAACGAGAACAGCAGCAGCAGCAACGCCAUCCACACAAUCACUUUGUACCGAUCAAAUUUGACCCUUAUCGUGGCAUGGAACACGUCUACGAGGAUAUCGUGUCUCCUUACACCCUCGAUCCUGGCGGCGGAGGCGGUUUCCACAGGAAUCUCACGCUACCGCUCAGGAGAACAAGUCAAAGCUGUGAAUCCCUUGAAGGUCAGAGCUCGUCGGUGCGCGUGACCAGUAGGGAGAGGACGAGAGGCUCGGUAAUCGAUCGACUUACCAGAGAGGAAAGGAAUUGUGUCGACGACGACGCGGAGGAAGAGGAGGAGGGUGGCGGUGGUAGCGCAUCGAGCUUAGGAAGUGGCAGCAAUGCAACUGAUCGCCGACGACGUCGCAAGAAGGACUGUAGGCAUUGUAACAAACAGCAGAGGGUUUACGAGGAACGCGAGGCCGAGUUGCGGGCCAUUUUCGCCGGCCAACCCGGGGUCGUCUACGCCAUCGGAUGUACAGCCACUGAUUGUAACACCAGUCUUGUGAGUGGCAAUGGUUUGGCGCCGCCAGACGACAAGGCGCUGAUCGGACCGCCGGUUAAGGCAAAUGGAGCUACGCGAGCUGCUGGUAUGAAGGUCAAUUCCAUCUAUGCACAGGAUCAUUGGCAACAUAAGGAUCCUCGAAUCUUCCUCGGCGCUGAUCCUAAAGAACAGGAUUCACCCUUCCAGAGAGGAUAUUCAGCGGUGUCGGCGACAUCGCCGAGUUCGGAAAACCGGGCGAAUCUACGUCGCAGCGUGCGCGACGAUCCAGCACCACAUCCAGCUCGACUACGCAAACAUCGUCACGGCUGGACAUUGUACUUUGGCCGACCGCUCAGCGGUAAAAGUUGCACCAAGUCACUUGUCCUCCUGCUCAUCGUUGUGCUUGCGUUACUCGGCAUCGGUGGCAUUGCACUCUACAUUGUCUUCGAACCCGAAAAACUGCACGUGAUCCAGCAAUAUCUGCGUUCGUCCGCGAGAAAUUCCACGCUUGGCAAGAACAACAGUAAUUUGGCAGCACCGGGCGACAGUUUGCAAGAUCUCGAGGAGCCGGUCUUCUCGACAAGUCUGCCGCCGUCGUCAUUUCUGGAUGCUCUACUCAACGCGACAGUUUCAUCCAUCAACAGUAAUAACGUUCCUGGUGGUGAUAGCAAUGACCUCGACGAGCCUGUUUUCAUCAGUGCUUGGCCAAGGCCAUCUACUACUAGUACUACGAUUAGUACGUCGAUUACCACGAUUAAUAUUUCCAAUUCGUCCGUGUUGUCAGCGACGACAAGAACGACAACGACGGCAAUGUCAACGACAACGCCGCGAAGUGCAACAUCGAAAUUUUUGGAGGCAACAAGGCGGAGGCCGUGCAACGAGUGUCGAGGCGAGGAAGUCUGCGUGGCGAGGAACGCGGACGAGACGCCUUUCUGCAGGGCGCCACUCAAUCCGCACGACUCGCAUGGUUGCGGCGGGCUCUGCGACCACAAUAACCAGAAGUGCCAUAAACUUGAUGCUCCCGGCGCAUUCAGAUGUACGGAAAUGGAGCACCACUGCCUUGACGGCGAGUGGACGUGCCACAACAUAUUCUGCAUCCCACUGGUGAAGCGUUGCGACGGGCAAAUGAAUUGUUACGACCACUCGGAUGAGUAUAAUUGCGAAUGUAAUUUAGAAACGCAUUUCCACUGCGGGAACGAAACCUCGUGCCUUCCUCUGUCGAAAAAGUGCGAUGGUCACGUGGACUGCUUCGAUGCUACCGAUGAAGAGAAUUGCACGACAAGUCAUGAUCUCGGUAGGCUAUGCCCAUCAAAGGACGAAUUUACGUGCCGGAGUAAGCAGCAGUGCAUAAAGCGUUCGCGCUUCUGCGACGGCUACCGUGACUGCAAGGAUGGUUCGGACGAGCCCCACGGCUGUCAGGGUCGUUGUAACAAACACGAGUUCGCUUGCCACAACGGCAGGUGUAUCAACAAAUUGGACAAGUGCAAUGGAAUCGACGACUGCGGCGAUGGCAGCGACGAACAGCACUGCCGCGAAAGACUGUAAAUUAUAAAACUAAAGAAGUGAAUUGUGUUGUUUCCUGUGAUGCAAGGCAUCGGCGUUUUAUGCGAACGCUAAUUAAUAUUAUUCUUUUCUAUUGAACUUGUUACAAUUGUGUAUUAUAUUGUCAAUGAGCGAAAAACUUUGUACUAUACAGAAUGCGAGGGCCGUAAAGUCGUGAAAAAACGCGGCGUUUUUGCAGUAUUUUUUUGUGGAGUGAGCGUGGUCAAGAAUGAAAAUCACGAUUAAUAAAUGCGUUU